AUGCCGUCGACGACGCAACACGAGCCCGCCGAUGACUUGGCCAAGGGCGUCCUCGCCACCGCCAAGCAGUCCUGGCGCGACCUCUUCGUCUGGAAGCAGCGCGUCGCCCUCUCCAACGAGUAUGGCGAGACGCGCUGCGAGUGGCACCGCCCCGACCCUAUCCAGAACCCCUUUAGCCUCUUCGCACAGCUCUCCGCAAGGGACUGGCUCUUCUUUGUCGUCGGCUUCUGCGCCUGGACCGCAGACGCCUUUGACUUUCACGCCCUCUCCAUCCAGACCGUCAAGCUCGCCGGCUACUAUCAGCGCAGCAAGGCCGACAUCACCGCCGCCAUCACCCUGACUCUGCUGCUGCGCUCCAUCGGCGCCGCUGCCUUCGGCCUUGCUGGCGACAAAUGGGGCCGCAAGUGGCCCAUGGUCUUCAACAUGAUUAUCCUCGGCGUCCUGCAGAUUGCCACCAUCUACAGCGCCACCUUCUCCCAGUUCCUCGCUGUCCGCAGUCUCUUUGGCCUCUUCAUGGGAGGCGUCUACGGCAACGCCAUUGCCAUGGCCCUCGAGCAAUGCCCAUCCAACGCCCGUGGCUUGAUGUCGGGCAUUCUGCAGCAGGGCUACUCCUUUGGCUAUGUCCUUGCUGCCUGUGCCAACCUGGGCGUCGGCGGCGGACUGGACAGUUGGAAGACGGUCUUUUGGAUCGCCGCCGGUAUAUCCAUUGCCAUCGGUCUCAUCCGAAUCUUGUUUCCAGAGUCGCAGCAGUUCCUCGAAGCCAAGAAGCAGGGCACCAAGAAGUCGUCUCCCGGCGCUUUCUGGCGUGACACGCGCAAGAUGCUGAAGCAGGAGUGGAAGAUGUGCAUCUACUGCAUCAUCCUCAUGACGUGGUUCAACUACUACUCGCACACGUCGCAGGACUCGUACACGACCUUUAUGUUGACGCAAAAGGAGCUCAGCAACGCCGGUGCGUCGCGAGCAUCGAUCCUGAUGAAGGUGGGCGCCUGCGUCGGCGGCACCAUCAUCGGCUACUUGAGCCAGUUCUUUGGCCGCAGGCGGGCCAUCAUCUUCUCGGCCCUCAUGUCCAGCUUCAUGAUCCCGGCCUGGAUCCUGCCCGAGGGCGAGCGCGCCCUCAGCGCCACCGGUUUCUUCAUGCAGUUCUUCGUGCAGGGCGCCUGGGGCGUCAUCCCCAUCCACCUCAACGAGCUCUCGCCCGUGGCCUUUCGCUCCACCUUUCCAGGCGUCACGUACCAGCUGGGCAACAUGAUCUCGUCCCCGUCGGCGCAAAUUGUCAAUGUCAUCUCGGAACAGACGUUUGUCCGUCUGCCCAACGGCGACCAGGUCGAGGCCUACGGGCCCGUCAUGGGCAUUGCCACGGCCAUCAUUGCCGUCGGCAUCAUCGUGACGGUCGUGUUUGGGCCUGAGAGGCGCGGCAGGGUCUUUGAGAACAGGAUUGCCGGCAUGGACACGGAGACUGCGACGGAAAAGUCGAUGGAAGACGAGCCGCACGACGAGGAGAAGGCGCGGGUCGAGGUGGCGGAGAAGAAAUGA